AAUGGUGGACAAAACUACACGUAGAGCCAUACAAUACAAAUCUCCACCGAACCUGGCUUUUAACACAAAAAAAAAAAAAAAACAGAAGCUUUCAACUACUGCGGUCUUUCAAUGGCGCUUCCACUUUCCAAUGGCUGCACACGGUUAACCUUGUCCCCUCCUGCUCGAUUCAGACACCGGUCAACCAUUUUCGCAACUCUAUCCCCUUCACGGCCCGAUACUGUGAACUGGGUCGAAGCCACUUCCAGUUUUUUCGACCAAGAUACCAGACCCAUCAUGUUGUUCGAUGGAGUUUGCAACUUAUGUAAUGGUGGCGUCAGGUUUGUUCGUAAUGUUGAUCGAAACAGGAGAAUAAGGUUUGAAGCUCUUCAAAGUGAAUCAGGGAAGAAGCUAUUGAGGAGAUCUGGUAGAGCUCCUGAUGAUAUUUCUAGUGUUGUUCUUGUUGAAAAAGAUAGAUCAUAUAUUAAAUCAGAAGCAGUCUUGAAGAUCAUGGAAUACCUAGAAUUGCCUUUCCCUCAGCUUGCAUUCUUUCUACAGUUUGUACCUUUGUUCGUAAGGGACUUCAUGUACGACAAUGUCGCAAACAACCGGUAUGCGAUUUUCGGGUAUUCGGACUCAUGUGAGAUAUGAAUCAAUACAAUGAAUAGUAAGUUACAAUGCCUUGCAUUUCUUGAUCGAUAAUGUAAAUGAUGAAACGUUCCGAAAUCUUUAAACUAUGAUUACAAUACAUAUAUUAAACAUACCGUGUGUAAAUGUGGCGUUGUUCGUGUUUAUUACACUGGUUCAUGCCCUAUUAAACAGGUAGUUUCUAUGGGGGAAGAUAAUAGCCUCCUCAAAGUAAUGUUUGAUUGAAACAAGAACAAUUGAAGAUUUGUGCAUGCAUAUAUAAGAAUGCAUCAAGGGUAUACAUUUAUAUCUAUAA